AGGACUCCGGGCAGCGGCACAUCGGGCAGAGGCACAUCGGGCAGAGGCACAUCGGGCAGAGGCACACCGGGCAGAGGCACAUCGGGCUGGACUCCGGGCAGAGGCACAUCAGGACAUCGGGCAGGACUCCGGGCAGAGGCACAUCGGGCAGAGGCACAUCGGGCAGAGGACUCGGGCAGAGGCACAUCGGGCUGGACUCCGGGCAGAGGCACAUCGGGCUGGACUCCGGGCAGGGCAGGCACAUCGGGCUGGACUCCGGGCAGAGGCACAUCGGGCUGGACUCCGGGCAGAGGCACAUCGGAUUACCAGGCGGAGCAGCAGGCACCGAGCCACCAGGCGGAGCAGCAGGCACCGAGCCCACCAGGCGGAGCAGCAGGCACCGAGCCACCAGGCGGAGCAGCAGGCACCGAGCCACCAGGCGGAGCAGCAGGCACCGGGCCCCCAGGCGGGGCGACGGGCACUGGGCCCCCAGGCGGGGCGACGGGCGUCGGGCCCCCCAGGUGGAGCGGCGGGCGCCAGGCCCCCAGGCGGGGCGGCAGGCAUCGGGCCCCCAGGCGGAGAGGCGGCCGCCGGACUCCCAGGCGGAGCGACACAGGUCUCGGGCCCCCAGGCGGAGCGGCGGGCGACGGACCCCCAGGCGGUGCGACAGCGGGCACUGGGUCACCAGGCAUCAGGUCAUUUGGCUCGACAGCGGGCACCGCGUCAUCUGGCAAGGCAGUGGGCUCCGAGUCAACUGGUAUGACCGCGGGCACUGGGUCAGACAUUGGAUCGUCUGACUGGACAGCGGGC